AUGAAACAAUAUGUUAGAGGAAAACCUAAUCCAACUGGAUUAAAAAAUUUUAUUUUAGCCAAUAAACAUGGAUUAGUGUUAGAUUUUUGUGUAUACCAAGGUAAAGGUUCAUCGUUUAUUACAGAAAGUAAAUAUCCUCUAACUGUAGGUGAAUCAGCUGUUAUUCAUUUAUCAAAGACCAUACCUCUAGGUACUUGUCUUUAUUUUGAUCGAUUUUUUACAACGCAAAAACUUUUAGACAUUUUGAAAACAAAGAAAAUGUUGAGUACUGGCACUGUUAUGAAAAAUAAUAUACCAAAAACGGUCAAUUUAGUAUCAAAUAAAAUACUUAUGAAAAAACCUAGAGGGACAACGAUACAAUAUGUUAGAGAAGAUAAAAAAGUAUGUCUUAAUAAAUGGUUUGACAACAAACCUAUACAUUUGCUUUCAACUGAAUGUGGAAAAAAUCCAAUUAAUGUAUGUAAACGUUGGAAUAAAAUGAAAAGAGUGAAAAUUGAUGUACCUCGGCCUAUUGUUGUAAAACAAUAUAAUGAAAAUAUGGGUAGAGUAGAUUUAUGUGAUCGUAUGAUCGCAUACUACCGCAUGAAGUAUAGAACAAACAAAUGGACAUUAAGAACAAUAAUGCAUUCUGUUGACUUAGCAGUUGUAAACAGUUGGAUACUUUAUAAACAAGAUUUAAAAAGAAAAAAUACUCCAGAAAAGAAAAUCCCGCAGCUCCUCGAUUUUAGAAUUACGCUAGCCCAUGAGUUAAUAAAUAGUACACAAGAAGACGAUAGUGAAGAUUCAGACGACAAAUAUGUUGAUUGUCAGUCAAAUUCAGGCAAACAUGUCCCGUUGCCACCAGUGAAAAUUAGAAAUGCAGGAGCUAAACAUUUGCCGGAAAUGAUGGAACUUAAAAAUUCUCAAAGGUGUCGCAAAGAAGGCUGCAAACAAAAAACAAAAUUUAGUAUUACAGACUCAAGAAAGAUCAAUGAUUUAUCUGGAGAUGAUGAAACUUAUUAUUUUCAAAUUAUUGAAGAAGACAAUGAAACAUCUGAUAGUGUUAUGACAAAUAGACAUAUACAAUAUUAUUUCACCGACUUCACCGUUGAAGAUGAAGAUCAAUCAGAAGUCGAAAGUCAAUUAGAAGAAAUAAUUGACUCUGAUAGUGUGGAACCGUAUGAAGAUCAAGUAACAGGGGCAGGCCCGUUACCCACUACUACAAGUACUACGCCAGCUGGGAGCGACCCACUCAACCCGUUACGGAAGUCAGCCAAGGAGAAGAGAAAGCCCGCCUACUUAAGUUAA